CGCUAGCAUGCACUAACUAGCGAUGCCGGUCUGAAGCAGUCGCAGCGUCCCUUAGCAAUAUUAUCAUAUUUAUAGUGAUUUGUAAAUUACUACAAUUUGGAGGCCAAUUAUAAAGUAAUACACAAAGCAGGAUUUCGAUGUUUUGAGGGGUUGGUGAGUUUGAACGGCGAGGGCAGCCUAACUAAUUAGCCUGAAUGCCCGGAUGAGGCGGCGGCAUCUGAUUCGCCCAGACGGCCUCCACGUUGCUCCACGGGAUAUGUUGUUCGUGGACUACAGACGGACUACAAAACAAACAGCAAGUCUUAUAUCUUUACGCCUUUGACAAAAUAUCGAAACUUUUCGUGUGUUUUGAGUAGAUAUGUGCACACGGACUAAUCCGGGAUCCUGGCUAGAGAAAGACAGACUGAAAACCUCUUCGUAAAGGACGAAGCUGAAGUCAGCUUAUUCGCCGGUUCUAUUUUUUCCGUCCCACCUUAAAACGUGCAGUAGUUACGUUCUGGCGCCUGAGGUGCGAUAUUUUAACUGCCUCACUAUUUAAGGUGGAACGGGAAAAUUCGAAUAAGAAGCUGGCUAACAGGAGGCAAACUUCAGCCUCGUGUAUAAAGGCCACUGUCCGUGAGGAGUGAGCAGUGGUGGACAUACUGGACCGUACUGGGCUGCGGUCAGCUGUGGUUCCAAAAACCUUCAUAAGGCAUUAAGACUGCAGAACGCCUGUCCACCGUAGAUCCAGAGGAAUGCAGUCACUGAGGUCUCUGUUCAAGCCAAGGCUGCCAAAGCUGGUGACCCCUCAGCCCUUGUCCACCUAUGUGUCCCGCAUAAGAUAUCUGAUGAAGCUGAAGGAGGACGAUAAAGCGUGUCGGGAGGCCCUCAGAUCUGGAAGCCUGCUGCUUUACCACAAACUCGCCCCUCUGCUGCAGAAGAAGGAGGAAGGCAUCUAUCAGCUGCCACGUCUUAGGAAUCCAGAUGUCGAACGAAUUCUGGAGAAGCUCGGCCGAGAUAAACAGCUCAUCAGCGAGGCUGUUCUCAUCAGCUGUCCUGAGACUGAAGAGCCUUGUUUCUGUCUGGAUGUGGGUGAUUUACAGAAGAAUAGCAUGGAGCAGCUUUGUGAUGGUGUUUUCAUGGACCUUCGAACAGCCUUCUUUAUGCUUAGAGGACCAGAAACCACGUUGGUGGCUAAAGGUCAGGCCCUCUUGCGGUGGCAUCAGACGCAUGGCUUCUGCAGCGCGACUGGACAGCCCACGGUUCGGAAUCAGUCUGGAAGCCAGAGAGUGUGUCCCUAUAGCGGCAUCACCUACUACCCCCAAAUGGCGCCGGUAGUGAUCGUUUUGGUGUCUGAUGGGAACAGGUGUCUGCUGGGCCGCCAGAGCUCCUUCCCACCGGGCAUGUACAGCGCGCUGGCGGGCUUCUGUGACCUAGGGGAAACGCUGGAGGAGACUCUGAGGAGGGAGGUGGCUGAGGAGGUGGGACUGGAGGUGGACACGCUGCAGUACUCAGCCUCGCAGCACUGGCCGUUCCCACAGAGCUCCUUCAUGCUGGCCUGCCAUGCUACGGUUAACCCAGACAAAACACAGUUGAUUCUGGACAAGGCCGAGUUGGAGGACGCUCGCUGGUGUAGUCUGGAGGAGAUCCUGGCUGCGCUGCAGGUUAAGUACCCACACCGCGACCCCAACGCGACUCAGGCCGGUUUCUGGGUGCCUCCCGAUUUCGCUGUAGCCAAUCGGCUCAUCCAGGAGUGGGCUGACCAGCAGCAGCUCAAAAAGAAAUAGCACAGGUCUUCACGUGGGACACAGAUGGAACAGCGUCUACAUCAUCAACCUCAGUCCACUUUUUGCUGCUCACCGACUUCAACUUCACAUUCUACUAAAUCAGCUGCCAGCUACGCAGAGAGGAGAUCAAAGGGUCUAAAACACUAAAAUUACAGUUUAGCUUACAGAUAUGCUGUAGUGCUUUAGGUGUUUAGCUGAAGAUGCUGAAAUUUAAAGCUGCACUAUGUAACUUUUUCCUUUAAAAUUGAAGGAAGUCAGUAGAGAUGCACCGAUACCACUUCUUUCCUUUCGAUACCGAUACCUGAUCCUUUAGUAACGGCCGAUACUGAGUACCGAUACCGAUACUAACUGUCUAACCUAACUCACGUAUAAGUCCUGAUAUUUAUACUUUAGUUAUAUUUUUAAAACAUUUUGUUAAAAUCUAUGUUCUGCAUCAAAUAAAACACUUUUAGCUUGGCUAGAUAGCAUUUACUUGUUGGAAUAUAUUUAUUAGAUUCUUAAGAAACCGUAUUACUGUUCAUUUAUUGUAUAUAUUUAGUAUUUACUAUUAUUUUAUAAGUAAUAAGAGCCAUGUUUAACAAUUUAAGUAAAUCUAAAAUAUCUUUAUUGUGCAAAACAGUUAAUAACAGAACUGAACAGUGUACGGAUAAACCUGUGGUGUUUAUCAGCACACAGCAGCUUCUCUGGCUCAAAAACGGAGCUGAAUGUAGUUUCACAUCUAAAAUUCUCGAGUCGUUUGUCUCAGACGUGCGUCUUGUUCACUCAUUCUGCAUCUCUGAGCGUCAGUUCAGUAAUUAUCGUCGUUUAUGUGUGCAGUUACACAUUUCAAAUCCCCAAAUCUUACAUAGUGUAGCUUCAAAUUUCAGUAGAAGGGACUCUUAAAAUUGGUUUAAUAUGGUUUGAUGCUGUGGAUGUGAAUAAGAUUCAGAUUCAUUUUUACUGAUUCAUUGUUGCCUGCAUUCCUAAAAAAAGAUUCUUCAAGGGUUCUUUAGUAAAAACAGUAGUUCUAUAUAGAACCAUGAAUGCUGAACCAUCUGCAUGCCUAAAAAACGUU